AUAAAGAAGAUAAUGAACCAAUUGUGUCGAUGAUUAGGAAAUCACAAAUUAGAAAAAGGAAAAGUAACGUUAACAAUAAAGAUGUGGAGAAUGCAAAAAACACAACAAUAGUUGAACAACCAAGCAAAGACACAUAUGGAUGAUAUAGAAGAUACGGUAAUCGUAUUGAAGCAUCAGAUGAAUGACAUAAAGGAAGAGUUGGAAAGACAGUUUUUGCUUAAUCCAGACGAUGAACAAUUGUUGAAAGUGAUUGGGAUGUUUAAUGAGACUUUCAAGGAAACUGUAAAGAUGGAAAAGGUUAAACCGAACGUUGAUGAUAUUGUUGAUGGUGUUAUUAGUAUGCUACAGAAAAACGUAAGGACGGAUGAUACAAAGGAAAGGGAUGGAUGUGGGAAGACAGAUGUGAAAAAAGGUGGAAAAUUAGGAAUUGAUGAAAGUAAGGGUACUGAUGACGUACAGACAGGUGAUAAAUCGGUAGCACAAAAAAAGGUGGCAUAUAAGUAUCGUAGGAAGGAGAAGGAGGUAGUUGAUAAGUCAAUGCCAUCAUUUGUAUUAUUGACCCCAAGUUCGCAAGAAUCAGAUGAUGAUGAGUGCGAGGAGGUAGUGCCGAUGAAUAAACCGUUGGACGAGAAAGAAAAAUUGUUAUGGAAUUUUGUGAUGAUCAUUGGGAUGGAAAAAAAGAGGAUGGAGGGAAAUAAGAAGGAUGACGAAUAUGGGAGGGACGUAUAUGAUGAAGAUGGGAAAGGCGAAGUUGACACAGAAAAGAAAAAUGACAAAUCCGGAUUAAGCUUUAUGUUGAAGAUGUUUGAAACACAACAUGGAUUGCAUGCAUUAGGGCAUACAAUGAACACGCUAGAUUUUGGGAAGGAGAUAUCAUCAAAUCUGAUAGAUUGUUGGGCAGCAAUGUUAAAUGAUAAGGAGAAAAAGAUGGUGGCUAGCGGGAAAAGACGGUUGUUCUAUUAUACAUCAAACUUUCCGGAAUAUAUGCUAAAGAAGAAGCAAGAUGAGGAGAUGGCUUUGAAAUAUGUGAAAAAGUAUUUGAGAGAAGUAUUUGAAAGGGACGACACGCUGUUGGAUUUGAGAGCUUUUAAUAUAAUAGUGGUACCAAUGAUCGAAAAGGCACAUUUUUAUCUUAUUUGUAUGGAUUUGGAUACGGGAGAUGUGCAGGUGAUAGAUAACAUGGAUUCAAACAGAGACGCCGUGCAUGUAAGGACAUCAUCAGAGUUUAGAUACAUGGGGACACCAUGCAAAGUGAAAAAUUACAUGUGGACAUACAUGAAGUCAGUAAACCACCCGGAUACAGAAAAGCUUAGAAAAGGUGUAAUAAAGAGGUUGAAGAUUACGUGGGGAACAAAGGAUAAUGUGAAAGAUUGUGGGGUAUUUGCAAUGCGCCAUAUGGAAUGUUACAAAGGGAGUACAGAGGAGUUUGAUUGUGGAUUCAGUGAUUUGAAGGAUGUGAAGCAACAUCAGUUGAAUAACAUGCGAAUGCGGAUAGCAACAACAUUGAUGUUAUCACCGUCAAACAUUUAUAGGAAAAGGAUGUUAGAUAUGGCGAAGGUAGCGGCUGAUAAUGUGAAGAAUGUUAAGAUAGAGCGUAAAUUGAAAACAGUAGCAAAACUGCAGGAGGAGUGUUGGAGAGGAUUAGCGAAACAGUAG